GGAAAUCAAUUAAACUUCAUCACAACCUCUUGGACAGUCGGCUAUGUCAUUGGACAAAUCCCUUCAAACCUUCUCAUGACCAGAAUUAGGCCAUCCAUUUGGAUUCCCGCAAUGGAAGUUAUCUGGAGCAUUCUCACGACGGUUCUCGCAAGUAGUAAAAAUUUCAACCAAGUCUGUGCCUUACGGUUUUUCAUUGGUUUGGCGGAAUCAACGUUUUAUCCCGGCACAGCAUAUGUGAUUAGCAGUUGGUACAAGGGCGAGGAACUGACGAAGCGCAUCUGUAUAGUUCAUACGGCUGCUGCUUCUGGCCCAAUGUUCAGUGGUUUCUUACAGGCUGCUGCCUAUGACGGCUUGAACGGUGUUCGCGGCCUUGCUGGCUGGAGAUGGCUUUUCAUCAUCGAUGGAAUUAUUACGGUUACCAUCAGCGUUUUUGGCUUCUUCGUAAUGCCCGAUCUGCCGCAUAAUACUAAGGCAUCGGUUCUCUUCUCCGAACAAGAACUUGCGAUCGCCCGGAAGCGGAUGGAGCUUAUUGGAAGGAAACCGCCCGCGAAGUUCACCAAGGCUAAAGUCUUAGGGUUUUUCAAGACAUGGCAUUUUUAUGUGCUUGUUACCUUCUACGUUUUCUAUAAUAAUGGCCGUGGGCCUGCGACCUCGAUGAUAUUCUGGCUCAAGAGCUUUAACACCGAAGGUCAUACAAAAUAUACAGUCAGUCAAAUCAACAUAUACCCCUUUGGUAUCAAUGUUGUGCAAAUCAUCAUGACUUUGAUAUGGGCCUGGUGGUCUGACGCUACCCAGAAACGAUGGCCGCCAGUUGUCGUCGCUGGGAUUUGGAAUAUCGUCGUCUGCAUCGUGCUUGCAGCUACGCCUCUGUACACAAAUAUCCCCAGACGCUGGGCAUUCUAUUAUAUGACUCAAGUUUGCAAUGGCUUAUCUGGUGUCAUUCUUGGCUGGAUAAACGAGCUCACUAGCUACGAUAACGAGAAGAGGGCAUUUAUAGUUGCCAGUUGUAGCGCGUUUGCAUACGUUUUUGAGGUUCGUCUUUUUAGUGUCAUAUUUCCUCAAGUGGAUCAGCCUCGGUGCGUUCCUUAA